AUGUCAUUCUUCUUCAAAUAUUCUGUGAUCCUGCGGAUCACCAAGGCGCGUGAGCACCAUCACAGAUUGAAGAGAGAGAAGAAGAAGGCAUUCAAGAAUAAUAUGAAUGACACUGUCUGUGAGAGAUUGAAGAAGAAGAUACAGGAGCUGGCAGAGGAGAAGGGGAUUGAGGCCUUGUUCAGGUCUCAAAUGCGCUUCAUGAUUCAGAACAUUGAGAAGGCAGCCCUGCUCUCUGAGCAUGUCAAUCUGCUUGUCACUGAGGUGGAACCUGAGACAGCAGACCAGAAAAUGUGA